AUGGCAGACGAGAAAGAGUUGAUUGAGCAAUACUUUCAUCGUGGUUAUGAAAACAAAAUAAUUGUUGAUUUAUUGAGAUGUCAGCAUGGCAUUCAAAUAAGACUUAGCACUUUAAAGAGGAGACUUCAGGAUUACGGUUUGAAUAGAAGGGGGUUAAACAUUGAUGAAAAUCGUUUACGACAACUGAUUCAAAGUGAAACAUCUGGACCUGGCCAACUCCGAGGUUACAGAGCAGUUUGGCAUUCCCUGAGACUGUGCCAUAAUAUUCAUGUUCCAAGGAAAGAUGUUGCAAGAAUUUUGCAAGAGCUCGACCCUGAAGGAACACUGCAAAGAAGAAGUCGGAGGCUUCAAAGGAGAAGAUACAUUAGCUUUGGCCCUAAUUUCUGCUGGCACGCUGAUGGUAUUAAUAUAUAUUACUUUAAGAUUGAAAUUGUAUUUGAAACUAAUUUGUACGCAUCACGGGCGAAAUGUUUCGUAUAUGGGAAAAGUAAACGGAAGUAAAAAUAUGUAAUGUUCAAUGCUGUUGGCUCGCAUGGUUCAUGAAUCGUUUCUGACGUUACAAUUGUACGUGUAAGAGGCUAAUUACAAGGAAAGUUUUCAGCUCAUGCACUUUCAGUCCGGUUUGAGCUAGUAUGCGUUGAAAUCAAAAUGGAGUCGGAACAGUCAGCGAUUUAUCGGAAAGACCUUGUUCAAUUUCUGGGUGGUAGUCAGUCCUGGCUGAACUUGUCCAUGUAUUAAAUCAAACAAACGUACUCUCCAUGUAAUUCUCGGAAAAUGAAACUUACAACACUAGCUCCUGAACAGGAAAAUUGGAAUGUUCAGUACAAUCAAUGCAUUCUAUAAUAAUGCAGUAUUUAGAUAUUACAUUUGAAUAUAAUGAUUUCUCUUAAGUAUGUGCAUGGUUUGUCGCUCAUCGUGUCCUGGCUGCCUCCCCCGUUAUUAACUCGCUCUCUCCAAAGUGGUUGACUUGAGAGUUGAAGUCUAGUGCAUGAUUUAAAAGAUGAUGCAAUCGAAACAUGCAGGUUUAUAUAUAUGUAGUGCUUUUUCAUAUAGGUUAUGAUAAGCUGAAGCCUUAUGGCUUUCCCAUACAUGGAGCUAUUGAUGGCUAUAGGAGGAAAAUAUUGUGGUUAGAGCUUUCAAGGUCCAACAACAAGCCAGAAGUGCCAGCAAAAUUUUUUUUGGAGUGUGUGAGAGAACAUUCAGGCUGUCCUAUGCUACUUCGAACUGAUUGUGGAACAGAAAACGGGAUAAUGGCUGCAAUCCAAGCCUAUUUUCGUCAGCAUGGAAAUGAUGAAUUUGCUGGGUCUAACUCCCACAAAUAUGGAACAUCUCCAAGUAAUCAACGUAUUGAAGCUUGGUGGUCCUAUUAUCGGAGAGGAAGAUCUUCGUGGUGGAUUGAUUUUUUUAAAGAAAUGGCAGCAACUGAGGUGCUUGAUAUUGCCAGUGAAUUUCACCUUGAAUGUCUUUGGUUUUGUUUUGCGUCGCUUUUACAAAAUGACCUAGAUAAGGUCAAUAAUCACUGGAACACACACAGAAUACGACGUUCAAAAAUUGGUACAGUUCCAGGUGUGCCUGAUAUAUCGUUUUUUCUGCCUCAGCGUUCAGGUGCUGUAGAAUGCAAAGUUGCUGUUACAAAUGAGCAAACAGCAGCAAUGGAAAACCAUGCACAAAUUCAGGUUAUUGAUGAUGAGAUGAAUAUAUUCCAAGAAUACUUUCAUUAUGUAAUGGACAAUGAAGCUUUACCUUAUUCAAGUGAUCAUGUGGAAGCACGUGAUCUAUUUGAGUAUUUAAUAGCUGUCGGUGACCCUUUGCAGUAA